GUAGCCCGUGCCCAACCGGCUCAACCGCUCAGUUCUCUGUCUGCGUCUGCGCACCUCGACGCGGUUGGACUAGAAUGUUCUUCCUCGCAACCACGUGUAGCACAAUUUUCAUGAAAAAUCGAGGUUUUUAAAUUAUUGACAACAUCGUUUAAAAUAUUUAUUCAGUCUGCGUUGAAUAAUCUUAAUUGAUAUUUCCUGUGUUUACGUAUUUUAUUUGAACGUUUUUUUUAACUGUUUUAUUGUCACAUCUGGGCAUUUGUGAUCGACAUUUCAUGAAUUUUAAGAUGGAUUUUUCAUUGCCCUCACAAUUUUCAUCGCAAAAUAGCUACAGUGGAUCGGAAUCAUGGCUAUCAGGAACGUGCAGCUCGUGAAGUGGACUUUCCCCUUCGCCCUGAUAAUCGGUUUAUUCUGGUACAGGCGUCGACGCGUAGAUCGAGUUGAUCCAGGUGGAAAGUCAGAAAUCGAAAAAGAGGAGCUUAAAAAUAGUCAGAAAGCCCAGGCCAACGUCAAGAAGACGAGUCUCAGUGACUCUGGGAUAAACAUCGACGACUCCCCCUCGAGUUCGCCCCAUCAGAAAGGCUCAUCAGAGGGUCCGGGAAUAGGCUCGAGUCCCCGAAGAGUCAGCGAGAGCCUGGACAUUCCCACGAGGAGGUCGAGCUCCCAGGGAAUCUCGAUUAAAUCAGCCAAGUCUGGGAGCAGUCCUUGGUACACUGAGGUAGAGGACAUACCCGAGAUGAAGGGCAUUGUCCUGGGGAGCAAUCCGAAGAGCUCGAGCUUCGACAUGAUGUCCAGGAGCAAGAGCCACCUGGAGAUGACGAAGGAAACUGAGGAAAAAGUCACCUUCAGCCACGUCCCUGAGGACGAAGAGCCAAAGAUCUCCAUUGAUGAGACCAAGACCACGGGACAGGCUAUUUCUGAGCGAGAUUCGGCUAAUCACAGCCCUGUGUCUGGAGUACUUGAUGGCAGUGUCAAUGACGAAGUCAGGAGCGAGGGCAGCACUGACAGUGGAAAGGGUGGAAGCAUCAAUGGCCAAUUGACAAAGCGAAAAUCCACAACAAUCUACGAAUUCGCAAUGCCCCAGACCCUCGUAGGUCGUAUGAUUGGAAAACGAGGUAUAUCAAUUCAGCAAUUGAAUGCCAAAGCAGAAGUGAAUAUAAUCGUAAAACGUCACCCAACAACAAAGCACCUGAAACUCUGUGUGAUCGAGGGACUGCCCGAGAACAUAAACACAGCACUGGAUCUAAUCAGACAGAGAUUUCCAUUGAAAAAAUACCCUGAAGUGACACUCGAGCAGGUGAACUUCACUAACAAUCCCGAGGAAAUUCCCUGGAUGACUGAAUUAAUGCAACUGCACUUGGUGGAUGGAGUGAAUAACGAUGUUAUGGUCUGUCACAUUUUGCAACCUGAUAGGCUGUUUAUUCAGUUGCCAACUCAUCCAACUUAUCCAUCACUGAGGCUGUUAGAUUAUAAUAUGACACAGUUGUAUAAUACUGUUGAGUCACCACCUGUACCAGAUCAAUUGGCUCAGGGAAUGAUUGUUGUUGCCAAAUGGUACGAGAAGUGGGUACGUGCUCUAGUGGAGGAGGCAGAUCCUGCUGGGGAGAAGCAUUUAGUCAGGCUCGUUGAUCACGGUGGCUUCUGGACAUUUAGCAAUGCAGAGAUGAGGAAAAUUAGAUCAGAUUAUCUGACGUUGCCUUUUCAAGCAAUUGAAGUUUCUUUAGCUAAUAUUAAACCCAAAAAUGGUGAAUGGCAACAGGAAGCCUACGACGUUGUAGCCCAAAUCUGUUCAAAUAGUAUUGGACAGGCUCAAAUAGAAGGUUAUAUCGAUUCAAGUAUUUUUAUCAGUCUGUAUAUUAAUGUGCCGAAGCAUGGGGUAAUAUCUGUAGCCCACGAAUUAAUAGCACGAGGUUUAGCUGAGUCAGUAUCAUUCGAGGAGAUGCUCCCCGAGCAGCCACUGACUCAAACAUAAAUCUUUAACAACUAAAAACAAUAAUACAAAACGUGUGAUUUUAAAGGCUUUGUCCAUAAUUCGUGUAAGUCCAGUAAUUUCAUUAGUUUAAAACAUAGAGAACUGGUGGAUACGUGUGAGUGUGUUUGUUUCUUUUUUCAAUUUUGAAAACAGUGUGCCUGAGCAUAAUAUCUCAUGAAUUAGUUCAUCAACCCAUCUUUUAAAGCCAAAAGCCCAAUUUUUUGCAUUUAACUGCGAAAGUUAUUCCCCGCGAAUGGUAACGGUUUUUUUGUUCGUUGAAAACUGAGAGAAUUAUUGGAAUUAAUACUGAUAAUUGAGUUCUUGCCCAUCAUCGGCCAUCACCGAUCGAUAAUCGAUAUUUUCAUUCUAAAAAAGUGCAAAAAAUUUCAUCAAAAUUAAAUUUUUUCGAAUUUUUCGUUUUGAAUUAAACAGAAAAAUUCAUUUCGAUAUUUUUGUAUAUAAAUAGAGUGCGUGGGAAGUGGCAUUUUAAUCUCAUCAGUGCAUGAAAAAUAAUUUUACUGUCAAAAUACUGCAUUUAAAUUUAUUAAUCUCAAUUAUUCAAUUAAAAAACAAUGACUGAUUAAUUAAUCUUCAUGAUGUAUCAUUUUUGAAGACCAGGUAAAUCACGAUAAUGUCUGCAGAAAUAUAAAUAACACUGGUGAGUGUCACUUGUAUGAAUGCAGAAGCAGUUUUUUCUAUUAAAAGCAAAAUUACAUGAUUUUUCAAUUGAAAAUGAAUUUAGUUAGGACUUCAUAACUUUUUAUACGCCAUUCACUUUUCUCUUUCAUCGAGCAUAUUAAUUACUGUAAUGAGCGGCAAUAUCUGCAUUUCAGUGGUCGAAAUAAAUCGACCCUACGAUAAAUGUUGAAGUUAAUUUUAGGCUGAAAUUCUGGUCGUAAUACCUCCUUCUGUAAAUAUUGUAAACACUUAUGGUUUUUCUUUUCCACAUAUUGAAAUAUUUAUGCACUAACUGAUAAGAGAGAGAGAGAGGAGAAAUCCUAGAAAACGUUGAAAUGACAAUGGAGAAUAAUUAACGAAAAUACUAUUCAAAUUAUCCGAAAAAAAAACGUUAGAAGUAAUAUUAAAGUUAAAAAUUGAGAUCAUGAACAAACGUACGAAUAAAUACCUAUAAAUUCGGUUAAUGUAAAUCAAGUUCAGGAAAAAUGUUCACCAGACAAUUGAAUCCUAUUUUCGAAGACUCUGUGGCCCCUGGGAGCUGGGAAUCCAAAUGUCGCGUUGUGUUAAAAUGAAAAAAAAAAUGAAACAUAAAUUGUAUUGUUGUUAAAAUGUUUCUUUCUGUAAUUUUCAUAUAUUUUUUUUGAUACAGCAGAAUUUAACUCAGUUUUUUGAUAAAGCAUUUACUAUUUCCAAAAAAUUAAAACAAAAAUAUAUAUAAACUUGAACUGAUUUUUUAUGCAAACAAGAAAUAGAGGAGUUGGUAGAGUAAGUUGAUAGCUAAUAAUUUAUCUGGGAAUUGCCAAUCUCUUUUGUAACCCAGCUUGACCUUCCAAAAAAAGCGAUGAAAAAUGUUGAAUGUUGAAUACUUGAUACUUAAUAUUGUUGAUUUCUGAUGUGAAAGAAAUAUUUUUCUAGGGAAUUACUACUAAGAUAUGGCCGAUAAGCGUAAAUUUAUAUUCGUAAACGCGUCAUCAACGAGAUGUUAACGUAAUUAUUAUCUUCAUUUGAUUAUUCACAUGUUUCUUUCUAUUCUUUAAUAAUUAUCGAGGUUGAAAGCAUCGAUUCAUCCUCUGUACUAGUUUGGGAAAUUGAAUAUGAGGUACAAAUGUUGCUGACAAAAUUAACCACUUACCUUUUUCUUCGAUUAUUGAUUUUCUUGUAUAUAAAGAAUUCUAAUGUUAUCAUCUCAAUGAUAAAUAACGACCCAGCUGUCAGGUUGUAGGAUAAUUUAGGGUUUAUUUUCACGUGUCAUUUAUCAAUAAAUAAAAACUGGUUUGUAUGUAAAUAUAUAUCGAUGUAGUGUCUCUGGCGUUUUCAUUAAAUUUUCACCAUUUUAA